GGACAUUUUCCAUGACCUCCUCUGCCUUGAAUGUCCAUGGCGCACCAGCCGCACAGGCCAAGAUUGACUCUGCUCUCAAGGUGCCGCUCCCAGAUUCCGGCCGGCCAGUCUCAAUUUCAGAGGGAGGUCAUUCAUUCCAAUGGGAUGUGACAGGUGCCAUCUUCAGGCUCCUGGCUCUGCUCCCAGCAGCAGGGACUGUCGCUGACUACAAAUCCCCCAAGUGCCACGCUGGUCUGAAGACAGCACACCCUGAGGUCGGCAGAUGACCUUUCCAGAACUCAUGCACCCAAGGUGGGAUGGCAAUGUGCUGUAAUGGACGGAGCCCUGGACUAGGAGGCUGGACGCCUGGUUUCCAAUCUCUUUUCAGCCACUAUCUUGCUAGGCGAUGUUGGUGAGCGUCCUGGGAGGAGCCCCAGGACACAACCCUGACCGCAGGACGAAGAUGGUAUCAAUACACAGCCUCUCCGAGCUGGAGCGUCUGAAGCUGCAAGAGACUGCUUACCACGAACUCGUGGCCAGACAUUUCCUCUCUGAAUUCAAACCGGACAGAGCUCUACCCAUUGACCGUCCAAACACCUUGGAGAAGUGGUUUCUGCUUUUAAGAGGACAACAGAGGGUCUCCCUGAAGACUUUUGGCAUUCACCUGGAAGAGGUGCUGGUGAAUGAGCUUACCCGGCGCAAGCAUUUGGAACUGACAGCCGCGAUGCAGGUUGAGGAAGCCACCGGUCAGGGUGCGGGCCGUCGUCGGGGAAACGUGGUGCAAAGGAUGUUUGGUCGCAUCAGGCGCUUUUUCAGUCGGAGGCGGAAUGAGCCCACUUUGCCCCGGGCGUUCACCCGCCGCGGGCGUCGAGGCGCCGUGUCUGUGGAUAGCCUGGCUGAGCUGGAGGGCGGGGCUCUGCUGCUGCAGACCCUGCAACUUUCCAGGGUGUCAUUUCCAAUCGGACGGCGACUUCUGGGAUCCAAGAGGAAGAUGAGCCUCAAUCCGAUUGCCAAACAAAUCCCCCAGGUUGUUGAGGCUUGCUGCAAAUUCAUUGAGAAGCAUGGAUUAAGCACAGUGGGAAUUUUCACCCUGGAAUACUCUGCGCAGAGAGUGCGUCAGCUCCGUGAAGAAUUUGACCAGGGUCUGGAUGUAGUGCUAGAUGACACUCAGAAUGUGCACGACGUGGCCGCACUCCUCAAGGAGUUCUUCCGUGACAUGAAGGACUCUCUGCUGCCAGAUGAUCUAUACAUGUCCUUCCUCCUGACUGCCACUCUAAAGCCCCAGGAUCAGCUUUCUGCCCUGCAGUUGCUGGUCUACCUGAUGCCACCCUGCCACAGUGACACCUUGGAGCGUCUGCUGAAGGCCCUGCACAAAAUCACUGAGAACUGCGAGGACUCCAUUGGCAUUGAUGGACAGUUGGUCCCAGGCAACCGGAUGACCUCCACCAAUUUGGCAUUGGUGUUCGGAUCUGCUCUCCUGAAGAAGGGAAAGUUUGGCAAGAGGGAGUCCAGGAAGACAAAGCUGGGGAUGGACCACUAUGUUGCUUCUGUCAAUGUGGUCCGUGCCAUGAUUGACAACUGGGAUAUCCUUUUCCAGGUGCCUCCCCAUAUUCAGAGGCAGGUGGCCAAGCGUGUGUGGAAGUCCAGCCCUGAAGCCCUGGAUUUUAUCAGACGCAGGAACUUGAGGAAGAUCCAGAGUGCACGCAUAAAGAUGGAAGAGGAUGCUUUGCUUUCUGACCCUGUGGAAACCUCUGCUGAAGUGCGCGCUGCUGUCCUUGCUCAAGACCCUGAAGGAGCCCCAGAUGUGCAAGAUAUUCCGAACACUGGAGAAAAUCCCAACCCUGAUCUUGAAGAAGGGCCAGAUUUUGAAGACCCCCAGAAUCUUAACGUUGCAGAGGUUCCAUACCUUGAUGUGAUUCCGAACAAUGAAGAAGCCUCAGAUACUGAUGAAAUUCCAGGUUCCUCUGAGGAGCCAGCUGUGCCUCCCGGCACUGCCCGUUCCCAUGACGAUGAGGAAGGAGCGGGUAACCCCCCCAUUCCGGAGCAAGACCGCCCAUUGCUCCGUGUGCCCCGGGAGAAGGAGGCCCAAACUGGCAUCGGCUACUUGUUUCCUUAGAUGUAUUUCCUUCUAUAAGGUGCCAGCCAGGGGAAAAGGGUGGGGGUAGACCUGAGAUGUCACAGGAAACAUUAAGGAGAAUCUGGAAGACAAAGAUCUGAGGAUGAGAAGGAGUUCCCCCUGAUGCUCGGGUCAGGAUGGGAAUUCCAAAACACACUGCCAGCCCCAUCCGCUGGGGAAGCUUGUUCUCUUCAGCUGGUCAAAGCAGAGAUGUUUCUGUGCCAUGCCCAGGCUCCCUGGUGCUACCUUGCCUUUCUCUUUUACCCCUGAUCCUGGCUUUCUUUCACUACAGCCCUUCCUUUAAUUGAUGUGACAUUUGUGGUAAACACCUGUCCCAGAGAAGCUCACAAAUCUCGAGGUGCUUUCCCUCCCUCAAAGGGGAUUGCAUGUUUUUCCUGACUUUCCUACCCUCCUCCCGAGAGCUCAAUUGGAAAGGCCCUCAAGAGGCAUGCUGGAACGUUAGGUCAGCCUACUGACAGCUGACAAACAAUUAAUGCUAAACCAUGUCACACCAACUCAUAGCCGUGUCCCCGCAGUCACUCCAUCGCCUCAGGAUUUCCCACCCACCUCAAUUAUUUAGACUGGUGGCUCAUCAAACAGCCACUCCCAAAUUUCUGUGCAGUUUUGCUCAGGUCACGCCAACAGGGAAACCUCAAGUACAAUUCUAACUAGUUUUCUGGGGUCAAAAAGUUAGAGGACAAAUUAGAUUUUAUUACCUGGAUCAGUUUUAAAGACAGCUGACACAGGUUGUUGUCAGCAAAACAGAUAAUUAGGUACAGACACAUAGUUCCAAGUAGUUUAAGUCACCUGAUUACAAAUGACAUAAUCUAUUGUCUCUGUAGUUCCUCUAUGCAGGGACAUGCACUGGUAACACACAGGUAUGGGUUAUGUAUGACAUAUAAAAUUACAGCUGAUUUUGAGGGGUAACAACUGCUACAAUCCAUAGAAUGAAGAAUGUAUUGUAUUGAGGGAUAGAAAUCGAUCAUACGAUGGGUAACAACCGCAGAGCUCGAAGAUUUGUGAUUGUGAAAACUUCUCUGGCAUUUAAUCAUUAAUAAACAUCUGUGUUGUGGCAGCAGCAUA